AUGGCUGAGAGGGGAGUUCAGAUGGACCAAGAAAAAUUCUCCUGCUCCAUUUGUUUGGAUUUACUGAAGGAACCGGUGACUAUUCCCUGUGGACACAGCUACUGUAUGAACUGUAUUACAGAACACUGGGAUGCCGGGACUCAAAGAGAAGUCUACAGCUGUCCUCAGUGCAGGAAAGAGUUCAAACCAAGGCCUGUGCUGGAGAAAAGCAUCGUAAUAACUGGUUUUCUGGAGGAUCUGGAGAAAACUGGACUCCAAGCUGCUCCAGCUGAUCUCUGCUAUGCUGGACCUGAAGAUGUGGCCUGUGAUGUCUGCACUGGGAGGAAGAGGAAAGCUGUAAAGUCCUGUUUGUUCUGUCCUGCUUCCUACUGCAGGGAUCACCUCCAACCUCACUAUGAUGCUCCACCAUUGAAGAAGCACAAGCUGGUGAACCCCUCCAAAAACCUCCAGGAGAACAUCUGCUCUCGUCAUGAUGAGGUGAUGAAGAUCUUCUGUCGUACUGAUCAGCAGUGUAUCUGUUAUCUCUGCACUAUGGAUGAACAUAAAGGCCAUGAAACAGUCCCAGCUGCAGCAGAAAGGGCUGAGAAGCAGAAGGAGCUCCAGGUGAGUCGACAACAAAUCCAGCAGAGAAUCCAGGACCAAGAGAAAGAUGUGAAGCUGCUUCAACAGGAGCUGGAGGCCAUCAAUGUCUCUGCUGAUAAAGCAGUGGAGGACAGUGAGAAGAUCUUCACUGAGAUGAUCGGUUUGAUCCAGAAAAGAAGCUCUGAUGUUAAGCAGCAGAUCAGAUCCCAGCAGGAAACUGAAGUGAGUCGAGUCAAAGAGCUUCAGGAGAAGCUGGAGCAGAAGAUCACUGAGCUGAAGAGGAAAGACGCUGAGCUGAAGCAGCUCUCAGACACAGAGGAUCACAACCAGUUUCUCCUCAACUACCCCUCACUGUCAGCACUCAGUGAGUCUACAUACUCAUCCAGCAUCAAUGUUCGUCCUCUGAGAUUCUUUGAAGAUGUGACAGCAGCUGUGUCAAAGCUCAUGGAUAAACUAAAGUACAUCCUGAGAGACAAAGGGACAAACAUAUCAGAGAAAGUCACUGAAGUGGAUGUUUUAAUAUCAGAGCCAGAACCUAAGACCAGAGCUGAGUUUUUAAAAUAUUCACAGAAAAUCACUCUGGAUCCAAACACAGCAUAUAAUGAUCUGUUAUUAUCUGAAGGGAACAGAAAAGUAACAUUACUGAACCAACCUCAGUCUUACCCUGAUCAUCCAGACAGAUUCACUGAGUGGUUUCAGGUCCUGAGUAGAGAGAGUCUGACUGGACGUUGUUACUGGGAGGUGAAGUGGAGAGGAGGAGGAGUUGAUGUAGCAGUUUCAUACAAGAACAUCAGGAGAGCAGGAGGGUCAAAUCAAUGUUUAUUUGGAGGCAAUGACAAAUCUUGGUCAUUACGCUAUGAAACAAAGAGCUACACAUUUUGCCACGACAACAUUCAAACUCCAGUCUCAGGUCCAGUUUCCUCCAGAAUAGGAGUGUACCUGGAUCACAGAGCAGGUAUUCUGUCUUUAUACAGCGUCUCUGAAACCAUGACUCUCCUCCACAGAGUCCAGACCACUUUCACUCAGCCUCUACAUGCUGGGAUCAGGCUAAGGUCUUUUUCAUUUGGAGCCUUUGCUGAGUUUUUAAAACUGAAAUAGUCAGAAUUGAUCUUAGGUUAAGGUUAAAAAUUUGUGGUUGAGUUUCGGUUUCUUUAGUCUCCAUUUUUCUUGCUUUGAGCUCAUUGUCAUCACUUCUUCAAUGCUUAGAGAUCAGUUGUUUUUACCAUGUUACUUGCCAUCUUGUUUUGUAGAUAAACUAUUUACAUUUUUAUUUAAAUCAUCAUAGUGAGCCAUGUUCAUAAUUACAGGAAUAAUAAAUGUGUUUAUCAGUCUUUGCAAAAUACGUUAUAAAAAAGUUGUCCUCUACAAUUGAUCCACACCUUAGGGAGCAGUGGGCUGGCCCUGUGGGGCUCCUGGGGAUCAUUUUGAGGCUAAGGGUCUUGGUCAGGUACCCAGAGGGGCAAUCUGGAAUUCAAACCCAGAACCUUGUUGCUUCUUCAGGACACAAGAACUAACCAUCAAGACACCACUCCCACUUCUUUGUGUUGUUAUUGUAAUUAUUACCUUUAUAACAAUUAUAAUUAUGUCUAUGAAGCGGUUAUGUUUCCUUUGAUGCACAAUGUUGGCCUGAUGGACACAGAACCCGAACCCAGUGGUGUGUUCAAUAUAUUCAAAACUGGUGAUUGUGUUGUUAUUCCCUGAACUUGUAGUUUUGUUCACCAUCUAAUCUCUAAAGUUCCUGCUGACUGUGUUUGUUUUGCCUUGCUGCAUUUGCCCUAGAAACAGGAAUCUGGCUCAUCCAGGUUGUUUGCUUUGUUUUCGUUGUUUACUAUUGGAUUCACACUAAGGCAUUCAGAGGCCACAUCCAUGGGAGUGACUGUUGACCAGAUUCAGGGAGAUGUUCCCUGCUGAAGAACAGCGGAGUGAACAGAUAUUCUUUCACCUUUUUUUUGUAUAAUUUUAUGUUUUUUCUUUAUUUAAGUUUAUAAAACAGCAACUCAUUCUGAUAUUAUUGAAUUUCAAUAAAUGUAUUCAUCCUGUAAUUCUAAGAAUCAACAAGCUUUUAUCUUAUCUCUCGUUCUCAAGUUUAUAUUUAAUGAUCCGAUCCACUGUUUAUGAGGGUGAU